CUCCGAGCUGGAAAUGCGAGAAAACCUAAGAAAUCAAGGAAACAUGGUACUCUAGGGAAUAACCCUCUUCUAUCUGUACAUGAGGGCCAAAAUCGGGCUUAGCGGCUUGAUAUACAGGCUAAUGAGCAACCUGAUGAGUGUCUCGGGCUCAAUAGCUAGAAGAUAUUAACGAAUUGAUAUUCCUAUCUAAACCAACUAGUAGCCAUCGACGAGAAUAUCGAAUCUGGAGAAGAAAAGAAAAUAAGAGGCAAGUCUAUUUACGUGAAGAAGUCCCAUAUGGUUGUGUGUGGUCUCGCUAAGCAGCUUGUUUGUCUUGGUUGCUUCCAUGGUAUUGUUUGCCGUGUUGAUGAUGUUUGCUGAUGAAGGCGCUGGGCUGAGCCGUUACAAUGAGCCUACACCUGUGCCUCAAAAGAGAAUUCCACAACGCUGCGGUGGCUGUGGAACUAUUGGCCACACUAUAAGGAACAGUCUCAGUAAAUAGCUAAAUAUUUAAGCUACUGGAUAAUCAAUUCAAU